CGGAAGCCAUUCUAAGACAAUUAACUAUUAUAUUCGAAAAAUGGCGACAUCAUGACUAAUCCCGGAAGCUUUGUGGUCAGUGCAAUAACUAUUCUAUCUGACUCAUCGCUUUUUCAAAGUCUUCGCGGAGCAUUUUAAAAAGUUUGGAGGGAAAACUCGACGAUGGUUUGAACACCAAAGCAGUGCAAAUCAUGGGAAGCGAAACGAAAAGCCCGAGUGCGCGUGUCGACUCGAUGGAAGUUGACAACCUUAGCGGUAUGCCAAAUUUGCAUGUUGUUUUGUCGUGUGUUUUAAACUAGUUUAAAAUAAAUUCUCGCGGCGAAAGAUUUGCUUUUUAAAUAUUGGCGAAGGGUGAUGAUAACUUGGUAUAUGUUUUAUAUAAACAGAAUGCUCAGUCGGUCGAAUAUCGGGAUAAAAAUCGCCUUCAAUUCCGAAGUUCGGUUUUUAUGCCAAUCAUAACAAAUUAGUGUUGUAUCUCUGCAUAACUGAAAUUCUUGUUCUGAAAGGAAUAAAAUUUGUGUUAGUAAUAUCAGAUUACAGAUAAGCAUUUUAAUGUAAUAUUUUUAAUAUUUUGUCUGUUUGUAGUCAAGUUGGAUUUAAUAUCACAUACACUUAUUUAUAUUCAAUUAUAUUGGCUAUACACUCGUGUGGUAGUCGAUUUUCUUAAGGUGCUAAUUAGCUUAAUUUCACUAAAAACCAAGAGUAUUCAUGUAAAAGUGAUUAUUAAUAUUAUAUGUGUAGAAAUUUUAAAGCAUAUAAAAUUCAAUGACAAAAUCUUUGAAAAUGACCAGAUUGAAUACAUUGACUGGAUGCGAUUUCCAAAAAGAAAGAAAAUAUGAGUUUUCAAGUUGCACUUGACUAUUAUUAAUAAUUGUGACAGCUGGAUUCAAUGUAUCAAUAAUACAUUUAGGACAUUUAGCUGUGCUUGCUAAUGCCUUGCUUGCAUUUUGUUGACAAGCAAAUUCAGAUUAUACUAUAGUCUAUAUAUUUUGUGUGAUUUUUAUAGCACAAUACCAACGCUUGUACCAGUUUGAACCAAUGCAAGAUGUCAAAUUAAUUGCCUAACACUUCCCCCUCUUGGACUGGUAAAAUUAGCCUUUCUCGUGAAAGCCAAAAUUCACCAUUUUUGGGAGUUCUGUCUGCCCUUUCUAGACAAUCCAAACGAUGUGAAAAGCGACUUUUAAAGUUGUAACUGUAAAUUUACCAUUGAUUAUACAAACAACUACAAUACUAAAAAGUUGUGUAUUGUGGUGCAGAGUCUCUUGAACGUGGGAGAGGCAGUACUCCAAAAAUGGUGGGAAAAUUGGUCGUGAGAAAGGCUAAUUGGUUUGCAUUUGACAGAGAAAAGUAACAAAAUAGCUAGAGCAUAUAAGGAGUAAUUGCGACUUAAUGGGUUAAUUAAUGACAUCUACACAUAUUUUUUAAUCUUGGCAAGAGGAUUUUGAUUUGAAAAUACAAUUUCACUUGCAUUAUUUUCUGAACAAAACUAAUUGACUGCAGUAUUAUAUUCUGUAAAAUUGUUAUUUUGUCACUAGGUGGUAUCAAUAUAUUGUUGCUGUGGGUUGAUGCAUAUUAGGUCCUGACUCCUGAAUUAAUUCAGGAAGGGCAUGGCAACAAUAUUAAGUAUCUUAAUUAUAGUUGAACCAUAUAGCAUGCAAUGCCAUUUAUGUCAAGAAACUCCCCUAAAUGUGAAAUUAAUGUAGGAAGUCUGAUUAGCAUUAAAUUAAGGCACUUCGAUCAUCAAAGAGUUUAAAAUCUCAAGUACUUGUAGAGCUUAUUUAUAAAUGAUUCCAUUUCUAGACAAGUUAACAGAAGAUGAAAUGAAGUUGCUGGCAGAAUUAAGAAGGCAAAAAGCUAUCAUUCUUGCUGAGAUUCAGGUAACUUUUAAGAGAAAAGUUAAGUUAGCAUCAGAUUAAAGUUAAAGAAAGAAUACAAAAGCAACGCUACAUAUUAUAUUACACACCCGAAUUUGGUGAAAUUGCAUUAUGCUAUAAUUUAAUAAUAGUAUAAGCCUAGGAGUGGGGUUUGAGUUUGGGAUAGAGUCUGGAUUGAGCCGCAUUUUUUAUUUACUGUUGCGGUAUAUUGAUACUUAGUCUUGAACUGUCAGUGCUAGUGUUUGUAGUGCCAAUAAUAACAAGCUUUUGUCGGCAGGGUUGCAGCUACCUGAAAAAUACAAGGAGAAAAUUGAUGUUUCGAGCAAAGGACCUUUGUCUUGUUAUUGAUAUUUAACCCAUUGCGUGUAGCACUCUCCCUGUGACAAGUAAAAUUGGCUGCAGUAAAAUAAUAAAGUAGGACGCAUCUGGGCGCAUUGUCACUUAAUUAAAGGGUUAACAGGGUGCAUAUAGGCAUAGUCUGAUUAACCCAUUGAGUAGCAGCACUCUCCCCCUGAUAAGUAAAAUCGUCUAGCAUUAGACAGAGUAAAAUAACAAACUAGUGUGCAUCUGGGUGCAUUGCCACUUAAAGGGUUACUAUUAUAAGUUAUAUAUAUUAGAAAUGUUAAUUAGAUAUUGCAUUUUUAAAAAUAUCAAUAUAUACUAAAAAUAUUUAUUUUUGUGCAUAUAUUUCAAAAAUAAGCCUAGGGCAACUAAUUCAUGCUUCUGUAAAAAAUUGAAAACCUAAAUGAGUCUUAAUGCUUUCCAAUUUAAUGCACCAUGGAUUUUUAUUUCCUAUAUUGACAUUAUAACUUCCUGACAAAGUUGAGUACUAGAAGUUUUGAGUUUUGGAAAGUGAAACUAGGAAGUAUACUGUCACAGAAAAGACUAAAUCUUUCUUGAGUAUAGUCAAAUGAUUGUAUGGUUCUUCAAAAUAUCAGGAAAAUGAAGAAAUGACUUCAUCUGUAAGGCUGUGACUCACAUAAUUCUUGGAGGGAAUAAAAAUAACUCUGAGUUUUCACUAGUAUGUAAGAUGUUAAAUAUUAACUAGUAAUAUACCGUAACAUAUUUGUAUUGUUCUUGUAGCAACUGAAAACGGAGAUCAAUGAAGUCCAGUCAGAAAUUGAAUCUGUCGAGCAACCAGAUGAGGGGUACUGUACUGUCACAUGCAGCUGUUGUAAUAAUAAAAUAAUUGUAUUACCUUGUGUAAUGCUAGUGUGUUAAUGGUAUAUUUCCAUGAAUUACCCAUGAUACAAUUUGUCGGAAAGUUGUUGACAACAUCAAGUGUUUUGAUUUGUUGCCAAUUGAUCAUCUACUGUGAGGAUUGUCAAUACAGACUUUUGGGUGCAUGUUGAUUAUAGACAAAUUACAGUAAAUGCUAACGUUGCAUUUACAUUGUUUAACCCAUUGAGUGGCAGCACUCUCCCCCUGACAAGUAAAAUCGUCUGGCGUUGGACAGAGUAAAACAACGUAGGGUGCAUUGCCACUUAAAGGGUAAUAACCCAAUUCAGAACUUUAGAUAACUUGCAUGCCUUAGUCACGAUUGUUCUAGUUUACAGAAGCAUACAGUAGAACUUUAAGCAUUAGAAUUAUGUAUAAGAGUAAUAUUCACUCGGGUAAAUAAUUCUAAAUCUUUAAGUUUAGUUAUGUGUCUAUGCUUCUGUAUAAUAGAGUGUUGUGAAUUUUCAGGAGCCAAAUUUGUCUAUAUGUAUCUAAUUUCUGUGUGAUUCAGUUGUUAUUGUUGGUGGGUCCAGGCCUCGAAAUAAGGGUCAUUGACCGGUAAAUUUCACAGUUUGAUUGGCAAAUGUUGCUGCUUACUGGACACACAUGACCGGUGCGUUUCCCAACAGACACACUUUCAAAACUGACAGGUAUUCUUUUGCAAGAAAAAAGCCUAAAGUUUGUUCAUUGUGUAAUGGUGUUUAUGAAGCAACAUGACAUUAAACACUCAAAAAUUAGAAUGAGCACUGCCCAGGACUAUAUUGCGUUCUAAUUUGGAACGCAGACUUUGUCGCUGUUCUCAUUUUUUUCUUCUCAUUUUUGACAAGCAUGUGAAAGUACUCUUGAGAGUAAUAGUCUGUGAAUGUAGUCAUACUUACAAAAAUACACUUAGAAUAGGCGCAAAUUUUAAAAACAAAAGAUGACCGGCAAAAAAUCCAUCGACUGGCUGGUGAAUUUAAGAUUCUACUUGUCAUAAUGAUUGUACAACUUCCAAAUUUAUUUCAAGGCCUGUGUGGGUCAUUUUGGUAGCUGCAGUUUCAAGGUUAAUUAUUAAUUUUUUAUAUUGGAAUUUUCUUUCAGAAAUAACUCGAAACAAAUUGCUAUCGGGCGGAAAAAGUUUAACAUGGACCCCAAAAAGGUAACUACUGAUCGAUCGACUAACCCCGAUCAGCUGAUUGACUGACUCAAAUACUUGCAAGUUACCAUGACUUAUAAGGUCCAAUCAGGUCAUGCAAAAUUUGUAAUCUGUUUACCAGGGCAUUGAAUACCUUGUAACAAAUGAACUGCUAAACAACACUCCUGAAGAUAUUGCAAGAUUUCUGCUAGACGAAGAUACAUUAAACAAAACAAUGAUUGGAGAUUAUUUGGGAGAAAAGUAAGAGAUAUAAUAUGAUUUCAGACUAUUGUCCAUAGACAAUGUUUUUUUAUAAUUUAUUCCUUUUGCAAAUUAACCAAUUCACAUCUAAAUCACAUUAUACUGUAAGCAGGGUCUUAGCUAGGAUUUUAGAUCUUGGGCGUGUUUCUAAUGACCAGGGCGUGCACAUGUCAAUUACCUUGAAUAGCAAAAUCACGGUUCUAGUUAUGCUCGCCAGCAACAACUAUGCUUGUGGACUGUUCUGGUUGUUCUAUGCUUUGCAACCAAAUACAAGACGAGCAUACGCUCAUAUUGCGCACUGAGAUUAAAAUAUUAAGUUAUUUCAGCAACUCUUGGGGGUAUUUAAAACCAUUUUAACACCAUACAGUUCCCAUAAUCCAUCAAAAUAUUAAAACAUCACGGAUCAUUUUUGCCAAUUCAACAACAACAGUAGAUUUUACAAACUUUCUUAUGACGUAAAUAGGAAGAAAUUCUGUCUGUUGUAAGUAGCACCACCUUAUUUUAUGAACCUACACGGCCUUAUAUAAAAAUAGUAAAGACGCAUUAAUUUUAUCAAGCCGUGUUUUUCCGCUUUUGGCCGUGAUAACACGGCCCUCUAGCUAAGACCCGGACUGUAAGUUCUAUGUUGCAGUAAAAACUCAUUUUCCUUCAGUUUCUUAACUGUUUUUCUUGCAGUAAAGAGCCCAUGUUGUCGGUAUUGCAGUGUUUUGUAGAUUUUCAGAACUUUAAAGAUUUAUUGCUUGUUGAUGCAUUAAGGUUUGUUUAGAAGUUUUGCUUCAGUAGUUAACUUACAAUGGCAUCACCUUAAUAGUAUAUAUACCAUACAUAAACUUACGGUUAGAGCUUGACAACUGGCCUCCGUAGCCGCACCGAAAUCGCAAGGCCGCAGGUUCUAUUCCUGCCAGAGGACCUAUAGUUGCAUUUUUCACAAUUGCACCUGGUUAGGUCUAAUAAAUUUAUAAAAUUCACACUUGAAAUUUCCAUCUACAGAACCCUCAAACAAUUAGACUAAGUGUUAAGACUGUAGUCCAACCUCGUUCCCAGGCUCUUUGCUCUUGGGAACGAGGUUGACUGUAGUCAUGCCUAAAAUCUCAACAGUGGUCGUUUGUCACAUUUAGUGUUUUUUCCCUCAAUUUGAACAAUACCUGUGUUUCAGUGACCUGAUACGUACGCAGGGUAGCGGAGAAAGUCUUAGUGAGGAAUUGAUUAUACGAUUUUCUAGCUAAUAAAAUAGAUUGAUUGAAGCAAGAUUUUCGCAAAUAUCGACAAAAAGGCGUAUUUUAGGAUGUGAUUUGACUGGACUAAUUACUGUGUAAAAAUGGUCCUUGCACCAGGCUUACACUCGCAAUUUUUCGACAGCUGAUUGCUCUCAAAGGGCUUUGAAAAGUUUUUGAAAAUAGGCAGAAAAAAUCUUUGAAAGUCUUUGAAUUGUUUUGGUCUUGGAGACUACGAACCCUGGUACGUUUACCGCUUGGUGGUCAACUCCAAAUGGAAACAUAUUUAUUGGAUCGAGUUAAAUAUUCAUUAUUAAGUACAGUGUAUAUGCAAUAUAUCAAAUAUAUGCAAUUUAACGAAAUUUACUUGCUUGCACAAGGGACUCAAAGCAUAAAGUAAAUAAUUUAAUAUUUAUGUGUGUGUCGUCUUUUUUUGUCUUCCGUGAUAACUUUUUGAUGUAUUAGUGGGCUAAGUCUUUUUCUUCUGUUGUAUUUCGUAUCUGCCCUCUUGUUUUCUUUCCAAGUUGAGUCCCAUGUGCUACCCAACUUGAUUAGCUUUUAUAUAGUUAUUAUAAGUAGCCUUUACUCUAAUUUCUGUAUUUCCAAUUGUUGUUUUGUUGGGUUUUUUCUCAAAUUUGCACUAUGUAAUGAAAUAGUAAAAAUUAAAUGAUCUGUUAUCUGUUAUAAAGCGGCAAUAUGUGUAAAGUCGACCACCAAGCGUUUCCCUCCCUGAGUGAAACCCACAUGUAUGCCAUGACCCUUACUGUACCUCUUAAGGGAGAACAGUUUAGAAGUGUUAGAGAUGAUAUUUUGCAUGCAAAACUACCGACUUAUAUGGAUAAAUAUUCUAUAUUCACAGGACAUUCCUAUGGAGUUUUCGUCUCCCGGGUGAAGCACAAAAAAUCGACCGAAUGAUGGAAUGCUUCGCAAAGAAAUAUUGCGACCAAAACGAGGGUGUUUUCACAUCGACAGGUAACUUAACAGUUCAAGAAUGUCCAGCUCUCUUAAUAGUACGGGAACUUGUCUUCAGGGGUGGAAAAAAUAGGCGAGCACUGCUCGCAGGAAAUGUUAAACAGCUGCAGGAAAUUCGUUCGAAUGAAGAUUUGCUAUUGAAAAUUGGAAGGAAACCUUCACCACUAUGGGCGCAACAACAUAUGGUUGACAGACAUUAUUCCUUGAAUUUAAAACCAUGGUCAGCUAGAACACUGUAUGUUUAUGCACAUGCAUGCAGAUUUAGCACAAAAAUACUCCGUUGGUCUGCAGGAAAUUUUUGUCUCCAGGUUGUGCUCCCAGGAAGAAAAUUCUUUUUUCCUGCCCUGAUUAUCUUACAUUUCAUUGCUUUAUAGACACCUGUUACGUUCUUAGUUUUUCAGUAAUUAUGUUAAACACAAGUUUACAUAAUCCAAGUGUAAAGGACAAAGUAAGCCAUCUAUUUACUAAUUUAGUUUAAUUCUUCUAUCUACUUGCACACGUGAAAAUCUCACAACUUGUCAACAAGAUGUGUUCGCAACAGGAUUGUAUAGCAAGCUUGUCAACAAGUUGUAACAGCGCUGUUAUUUUAUCAAGUUGCUACAAGGUUGUCACUCACAACUUGUUGACAAAUUGUUGAUAACAAGUUGUUGGAACAACUUGUAGCUCAACAACCUUGUAGCAACAGUUGACAACUUGUCAACAACCUGGGAACAAGCAGUGCGAGCACAUCCUGUUGACAAGUUGUUGGAACAGCAUUGCUAAACAAGUCUGCUGCAGGUUUGUUACAAUUUGUGCAGUGUUUAGCUUACAUGUUCUGUUGUUACUAAGUUACGUUCGCGCGCAUGCGCUAGGUCACUGUAUAUGGCUAUAAAUUAAUGUUAUUAAAACAUGCUUGUACAUGUAUUUAUUUUCAGCCGACUGUAGAAAAAUUUAUCACAAUGAAUCGUGGUAUAAACUGUGGUGGCGAUCUACCCAAAGAUUUAUUAAUUGUAAGUAUUCAUGUCUGCGUUAGUUUAGGUUUCCUCCUGUAGUAACACUGGAUAAAUAAAUUAUCCUUACUGGACCUCUUGGGAGAACAGUUUAGAACUGAUAGAGUUAUCCAGUAUAAAUAAAGUUUGUUUAGUUUAGGUUUCCUCCUGUAGUAACACUGGAUAAAUAAGAGAUGAUCCUUACUGGACCUCUAGGAAGAACAGUUUAGAACUGAUAGAGCUAUCCAGUAUAAAUAAAGUUUGUUUAGUUUAGGUUUCCUCCUGUAGUAACACUGGAUAAAUAAGAGAUGAUCGUUACUGGAUCUCUAGGAAGAACAGUUUAGAACUGAUAGAGUUAUCCAGUAUAAAUAAAGUUUGUUUAGUUUAGGUUUCCUCGUGUAGUAACAUUGGAUCAAUAAGAGACGAUCCUUACAUGCAGGACCUCUAGGAAGAACAGUUUAUAACUGAUAGAGCUACCCACUAUAAAUAAUUAAAUAAAGUUAGUUUAGUUUAGCUUCUUUCUGUAGUAACACUGGAUCAUUAAGAAGGAGAUGCCCUUACUCUAGCCUCUAGGGAGGACAAGUCUAAAUUAGAGCUGGUAGAGCUAUGACCUUGUAUGUAAAUAAAGUUAGUUUAGUUUUGGUUUCCUCCUGUAGUAACACUGGAUCAAUUAUGGAUGGCCCUUAUCAGACCUUCAGGGAGAACAGUUCAGAAUUAAUAGAGCUAUCCAGUAUCAAUAAAGUAAGGUAUUACAGAUUCGCAGUUUAGUUUCGAUUUCCUGCUGCGGAGGGGAGUUUUGGCAAAGAUGGUAUAAUGAGUUGAGAGUUAAAAUUUGAAAAGCAAUCGCCCCUCUAUACCUUUCGUGACCAGCUUACACUGCAGUAACUGUAUUCAUAAACGUGUGUUUUGCAGAGUCUUUAUGAGAAUAUUAAAAAAGAAGCUUUUAAAGUUCCCGAGGACGAUGGCAGCGACAUAACGAGGACAUUUUUCAAUCCUGAUAAUGAAGGAUUUUUAACGAAAGAAGGUGAAACUAUGACCAACGCGUUGUUAAUGAUUUCUCUGCUUGAAUACAGAUACAGAAUAGUUUUCAAAUACUAAGAUCAGACUUGAUGUUUUGUCUUCAGGCGGCCAUCAUAAGAAUUGGAAGAAACGUUACUUUAUUUUAAAGGAUAAUUGUUUAUAUUACUUCAAAGAUAUAAAGGUAUAUAUGCACGCUUGCUAUAUUAUACCCCCCCCCCCCCUAUCAACCCAUUUCUAUAAUGGAUGGGUCGGAUCUUGUUUCCAAUUUUAUUGUAUUUCCCUUCAUCUGACUUUCCUAAGUGUACUUGAAUGUUGUACUUGUGUAUGAACUAUGAAGCUCAGUGGUAUUUAUAUUAUUUGUGAUUAUAGGAUAAAGAACCUCGGGGAAUAAUUCCCCUAGAAAAUCUUCAAGUUCGCGAGAUAAAUAACGAUAAAAAACCGGUAACACUACCUUGUUUAUAUUUUAUGAUUUACGAUUGCAAUGAAUUAAUGAACGUGGUCUAAUGUACUGUAGGUAGUAUCAAGCUACCGUGAUUUGUGUCUGAACUAAGUUCAGACACAAACUACGACAGCACUAUGUUGUAGAAUACUAUCUACACUGGACCACCACGUUUGAGAUAUCUUUUUCAGGUAGUUCAGACACAAACCACGACAGCUUAUUGUAGAUUACUACCUACACAGGCUACCACGUUUGAGAUAUCUUUUUCAGGACCUGAAAAAAAAUAUCUCAAACGCGGAGGUCCCAGUGUAGGUAGUAUUGUACACUAAGCUACUAUGGUUUGUGUCUGACUAACUGAAAAAGAUAUUUCAAACGUGGUGGUCCAGUGUAGGUAGAAUAUUCUACAGUAAGCUAUCGUGGUUUGUGUCUGAAGUUCUGAACUACCUGGAAAAAGAUCUCUCAAACGUGGUGGUUCAAAAGUCUGAAAAAAAAUCUACUGGAGAAAUCCAAUUAGAUAUGGAUUAAACACGACUAUACAGACAACUGGGAAUAGGCCUGGGAGUAAACCUAUGGACGAUCCUAUGUACGAACGUUAACUACUGUAAUAUAAUAAUAAGCAUUCGGAAUAGGUAUGGUCUAUGGACCUAUGAAAGAUUUCGCUCGGAGCGUCGAAAUAUUUUUCAUAUUGUUUCAAGUAUUUCAGUCUCCUUCUAACCUCACUCUCUUUUUUUAUGAAGUUUUGUUUUGAAAUUUCGGCGCGUGAAACCGGCGGUAUGAUAAAAGCAUGCAAGACAGAUUCUGAAGGAAAAGUUGUGGAAGGUACUGUAUAGUCUGGUAUAAUAUCAGUUCAGCCUCCUUAAUCGGCCAGGGUUUGUCAAGGAGAAAUCCAUUUUUUUUCCACUGUGAG